UCGUCUCCAUUUCAGGCGAGGCUAGGAGCUUCUCAAACAAGCCUAUGGUAUAAAUGGUACAUUUUGAACAGAAAAAAAGUUGCAGACUGCGGCUUUAAAGUAAUAUUAGUCUGUCUUUGUCUUCGAAAAGUACAAAUCCCUGCAACCUGAAUGAACCAGGUAGAGGAACAGGUAAAACAGGUAAGGCUGGGGGAAAAGAAAGAGACUGACAUUCACAAGUUCAGAGUUUUUCAUGACCUAACCACCGACUCUGACGGCCUCUACAAUGAGUUUCUCCACAGAGAGAGAGGAGGUGGACACUCUCUCUCCAAAACCCUGCUGUCAGAUGAAUUGUGAUGAAUCACAAAAUUAUCUCCACAAGACUAGUGAUGAAUCUGUGACCUCUGAAUCUGUGACGGGUCAGCAUGUAGCAUCUCCAGGACCCAGCUGUGUGUCUCUGAAAAGCAAUCAUUCAGUUGAGCAUCCUCCAGAUAUCAGUGGUGAAGCACAAUCUACAACGACAGCAUCUCUGAAAAGGAAUCAUUCAGCUGAGCAUCCCAUGAAUCUCAAUGAUGAAGCACAAUCUACAAUUGCAUAUAAAGAGGAGGAUGAUCUCCUACAGAGAGUCAAAGAGAGACACAAAACCACCAUGAAGAAAAAUUAUGAGAGCUUAUUUGAGGGAACCAAACUACAAGAGAAUCAAACCCUCCUGAACAGGAUCUACACACAGGUCUACAUCAUAGAGGGAGAGAACGAAGGGGUGAAUGAAGAACAUGAGGUGCUACAGAUGGAGAAAAAAAACAAAACACAACACUUACAAGACACUCCAAUCAACUGCAAUGACAUCUUUGAUCUCUACCUUGAACCAAAAUAUAAGACGAAGAAUCGAAAGAGGGAAGAAGAAAUCAAGACUGUUCUUACUAAAGGCAUUGCUGGAAUUGGAAAAACAGUCUCUGUGCAGAAGUUCAUUCUGGACUGGGCCGAGGGAAAAGCCAAUCGGGAUGUAGAUUUCAUGUUUGUGCUUCAGUUUCGAAAGCUGAACUUAGUUAAAGACGAGCAGUACAGCCUUCACAGACUUCUGCUUGACUUUUAUCCUGAACUCGUAGAUCUGGGCUUAGAGAUUUAUCAGGAGUCUAAAAUUGUGUUCAUUUUUGAUGGCCUGGAUGAAAGUCGAAUUUCACUGUUUUCUGACAAUGAGAAAGUUUCUGAUGUGACUGAGACUUCAUCAGUGGGUGUGUUAAUGACAAACCUCAUCACAGGAGAGCUACUACCUUCUGCUCUCAUCUGGAUCACCUCCAGACCAGCAGCAGCCAAUCAGAUCCCCUCCAAAUACAUCAACCGUCUGACGGAAAUUCAGGGAUUCAAUGAUCCUCAGAAGGAGGAAUAUUUCCGAAAGAGAAUCAGUGAUCAGCAACAAGCCAACAAGAUCAUCUCACACAUUAGAGGAGCGAGAAGCCUCCACAUCAUGUGCCACAUCCCCGUCUUCUGCUGGAUCUCAUCCACUGUGCUUCAGAAGCUCCUCCAACAUGAUCAAACAGCAAGAAUCCCAAAAUCUCUUACUGAAAUGUACAUUCACUUUCUGCUUAUUCAGAUCAAUGUGAGAAAUAAGAAGUAUGAUGAGAGUAAUCCAGAAAAACUCCUGUCGUCUAACAGAGAAGUGAUCGUGAAACUUGCUGAACUGGCCUUCAGACAGCUGAUGAAAGGCAAUGUGAUAUUCUAUGAGGAGGACCUGAUAGAGAGUGGCAUAGACCUUGCAGAGACCGCAGUGUAUUCUGGGAUUUGCACUGAGAUCAUUAAGAAGGAAUCCGUCAUUUGUCAGAAGAAAGUCUACUGCUUUGUACAUCUAAGCUUUCAGGAGUUUCUGGCUGCUUUCUAUGUGUUUUAUAUCUAUGUAAGUAGCAAUACAGAAACACUAUUUGAUUCACUGCAUGAUCUACUUAAAAGAGUAGAAAAGGCUCUAAUGAGCGAGAGAGGAGGCAUGGAUCUUCUUUUGCGAUUCCUGAUGGGCAUCUCACUAGAAUCCUCUCAGAAACUCUUACAGGGUUUACUGACACGCACAGAGAAGACCUCAGAGACCGUCAGUAAAACCACACAAUACAUCAAAAACCAAAUCAUUAGUGACAAAAAUAUCUCAGCUGAGAGAUCCAUCAAUCUUUUCCUCUGUCUGCUUGAAGUAAACGAUCAGACUCUGUUCCGAGAGAUUCAGGAGUUUCUAAAAUCAAAGAAACACUCAGAAAACUCACUCUCUGCUGCUCACUGCUCAGCAAUAACCUACAUGCUUCAGAUAUCAGAGGAGCCACUGGAUGAGUUGGACUUAAAAAAAUACAACGCCACAGAGAAAAGCAGAAGGAGACUGAUACCAGCUGUAAUUAACUGCAAAAAAGCUCUGCUUGCUGGUUGUAAUCUUACGGAUCAGUCCUGUGAAAUUGUGAUCUCAGCUCUCAAAUCAUCAGGGUCCCCUUUGAGAGAGCUGGACCUAAGUGACAAUGACCUGCAAGAUCCAGGAGUAAAGCGGCUCUCUGAUGGACUGAAGAACCCAAACUGCUGCUUGGAGAUACUAAGAUUGUCAGGCUGUAUGGUAACAGAGAAAGGCUGUGAUUAUCUGGCUUUAGCUAUAAAUUCAAACCCCUCACACCUGAUUGAGCUGGACCUGAGCUACAAUCACCCAGGUGAUUCAGGAGUGAAGCUGCUCUCAGAGAAAUUGGAGGACCCCAACUGCAGUCUGAAGAAACUCAAUUUGAGCCAUGGAGAUUCUAUUAGGAUCAAACCGGGAUUGCGAAAAUAUGCCUGUGAUCUCACACUUGACCUAAACACUGCAAACUCUCAUCUCAUCUUGUCUGAGAAUAACAGAAAAGUGACAUGUGUAGAGGAGGAACAGUCAUAUCCUGAUCGUCCAGAGAGAUUUAACUACUGGCAUCAGGUUCUGAGCAGAGAGAGUCUGGCUGGACGCUGUUACUGGGAAGUUGAAUGUAGCGGGAAGAGAGACUGUAUAUCAGUUACAUACGAAGGAAUCAGCAGGAAAGAUGCAAGUAAAGACUGUUAUUUUGGAUACAAUGAGAAGUCCUGGGCUCUAAACUGCUCGAAUUACACAUACACUGUAUGUCACAAUGAUAAAGAAACUGUCCUUAAGGUCCUUUCACCCCCUUCUAACAGAAUAGGAGUUUAUCUGGACAUUUUAGCUGGAACUCUGUCUUUCUACAUUGUCUCUGACACAACACUCACACACUUACACACAUUCAGCACUACAUUCACUGAACCUGUCUAUGUUGGAUUAGGGACUUAUGAAUCAGUGUCUUUUGUUAAAUUGUAAAGUACAUUUUACAGUCUAGAGUUUAUAAUAAUGAUGGCUGGAGGUGAUGAUUAGGCUGAAACCAGCACAGGUUUACCUAACCUUAUUUUAUUUGUUAU